AUGGAGCGGCCGGCGCCCCAGGCCGUGCUGCCCUUCUCCGACCCGGCGCACGCGCUGAGCCUGCUGCGCGGCCUGAGCCAGCUGCGCGCCGAGCGCAAGUUCCUGGACGUGACCCUGGAGGCGGCGGGCGGCCGCGACUUCCCCGCGCACCGCGCCGUGCUGGCCGCCGCCAGCCCCUACUUCCGCGCCAUGUUCGCGGGGCAGCUGCGCGAGAGCCGCGCCGAGCGGGUGCGCCUGCACGGGGUGCCGCCCGACACGCUGCAGCUGCUGCUGGACUUCAGCUACACCGGCCGCGUGGCGGUGAGCGGCGACAACGCCGAGCCGCUGCUGCGCGCCGCCGACCUGCUGCAGUUCCCGGCCGUCAAGGAGGCGUGCGGCGCCUUCCUGCAGCAGCAGCUCGACCUGGCCAACUGCCUGGACAUGCAGGACUUCGCCGAGGCCUUCAGCUGCGCGGGGCUGGCGAGCGCGGCGCAGCGCUUCAUCCUGCGCCACGUGGGCGAGCUGGGCGCCGAGCAGCUGGAGCGCCUGCCCCUGGCGCGCCUGCUGCGCUACCUGCGCGACGACGGGCUCUGCGUGCCCAAGGAGGAGGCCGCCUACCAGCUGGCGCUGCGCUGGGUGCGCGCCGACCCGCCGCGCCGCGCCGCGCACUGGCCGCAGCUGCUCGAGGCCGUGCGCCUGCCCUUCGUGCGCCGCUUCUACCUGCUGGCGCACGUCGAGGCCGAGCCCCUGGUGGCGCGCUGCCCGCCCUGCCUGCGCCUGCUGCGCGAGGCCCGCGACUUCCAGGCGGCGCGCUACGACCGCCACGACCGCGGGCCCUGCCCCCGCAUGCGCCCGCGCCCCUCCACCGGCCUCGCCGAGAUCCUGGUGCUCGUGGGCGGCUGCGACCAGGACUGCGACGAGCUGGUCACCGUCGACUGCUACAACCCGCAGACCGGCCAGUGGCGCUACCUGGCCGAGUUCCCCGACCACCUGGGCGGGGGCUACAGCAUCGUGGCGCUUGGCAACGACAUCUACGUGACGGGCGGGUCUGACGGCUCCCGGCUCUACAACUGCGUGUGGCGGUACAACUCGAGCGUGAACGAGUGGACGGAGGUGGCGCCCAUGCUGAAGGCCCGCGAGUACCACAGCUCCUCCGUGCUGGACGGGCUGCUGUACGUGGUGGCCGCGGACAGCACGGAGCGCUACGACCUCAACACCGACUCUUGGGAGGCCCUGCAGCCCAUGACCUACCCCAUGGACAACUGUUCCACCACGGCCUGCCGCGGCCGGCUCUACGCCAUCGGCUCCCUGGCCGGCAAGGAGACCAUGGUGAUGCAGUGCUACGACCCCGACGUCGACCUGUGGUCCCUGGUGGACUGCGGCCAGCUCCCGCCCUGGUCCUUCGCCCCCAAGACGGUGACGCUGAACGGACUCAUGUAUUUCAUCAGGGACGACUCCGCCGAGGUGGACGUGUACAACCCUACGAAGAACGAGUGGGACAAGAUCCCCGCGAUGAACCAGGUGCAUGUUGGGGGCAGCCUGGCCGUCCUCGGAGGAAAGCUCUACGUGUCGGGAGGUUACGACAACACCUUUGAACUCUCAGACGUGGUGGAGGCCUAUGAUCCAGAGACUCGGGCGUGGAGUGUGGUGGGCCGGCUCCCAGAGCCCACCUUCUGGCAUGGCAGCGUUAGCAUUUUCCGCCAGUUCAUGCCCCAGACGCCCUCGGGCGGGCGCGGCUUUGAGCUGGACAACAGCAGCAGCUACAUGGACCCUGGCCGGCCCCGGCCGCCGCAGAACCCCAGCGAGCCGCACUAGCGCUGGCCUGGCCCAGGGCGGGCCUUGGUGCAAGUAACUGGCACCUCUGGGGGUCGUGACCCCUCCUUGUGCACAUGGACAGGUGGAGCACCAGCUCCUGGGCUACAUGAGCCCGGGGAUCUGGCGCCCGGAGAGUUUCUGCAUUUAGAGCGUGGGCUCAGCUGCUUAGGGUGCCCAGACCUGGGACGCAGGCCCCGCCCUUCGUCCAGAAAGACCUGCCUCCUGGCCGGCACUGGGCUCCAGCUCCAGCAUGUCGCCCCAGCUCACCAGCGCAGAGCCUGCCUUCCCUGCUGCUCCCUCCCACAGGGAGGGCUGCUUUGAAGUCCUGCCUUGGAGCCUGGGGGUGACGGGCCUGCCCCCCACGCUGUCUGCCCUGGAGAUCGGGUAUCAGGCACAAGGUGGCUGCAGCAGGGUUCCGGACUCCAGGCCUGCACUUGGCUCUCCCAGCAGUCUGCUCCCCAGCCCCUGCCCCUGCCAGGGUCUCAUCAGAACACCCCAUCAGGAGGUAAGCUGAGCCCAGGGCGCUGGCAGUGGGAUGUAGCAGGAGUGUGGUCCUCGAGGGGGCCCAGAGGGAGCUGCUCAGUGUUUUUUGCCUCCAGGGGACCCGGGUGAGGCAGGUGCUGGGCCUCUGGCUCUCCAUCCACCAGCCUUGUGUCCUCACCUGGACCUUUGUCCCAGGCCAUAAGGGUUGGAUGGGAGCCUGCAAGUGCAGACUCACGGGCGUCACCGGGCGCCAGCCAGGCCCCAGGCCAGAGCGGGCCUGUGAGAGAGCCGUCCUCAGGCAGGCUGGGCAGCGCGGUCGGGCCCUCGGGAGGCAGGGGGUCGAGGAAGCAAGGUUGGGGUGGUCAGAGCUCCGUGUCCAUGAUGGUGUCGCUCUGGAGGCGACACUCCUGGGAAGCCUGGGCGAGCCCCCGCUGUUCUCUGGGGUGAUGGUAUUUCUGUAGACCCGGUGGUCUCGUUCCUCCAGGGCCCAGGCGGCCUUGCGUCAGUUCGUCCUUCCCUUCCAGGAGGAGGGCGUUUUCCUCAUUAGAUGAAUUGAAAGCAAAUGUUCCCAGCACCGCCGCCUCCUGGUGAGCUAACUUGGGGGUGUGUUCUUGGCAGGACCCUGAACCGUGGCGCUGAGGCCCUCGCACUGGCCUGACGGCGCGGGUGGUUCUGGGAAGGCUCCCUGGUGCCUGCCACGCCGGGACCCUGGGGCUAUGGGGCGGUCCUCCUGCUCACAGCUGCCCCUGGGGCCCCUCUUUCGCCGUCUGGCUAGGCCUCUUGCAGGGAUACCCGCGGCUCCCAGCCCACCAGGGGCCUCGCUCACAUGGUCGCCCGGGCACUGUUGCUUCCUGCCUCAGCCCUAGGAGGGACUCAGCAGUCUACCUGCUUCUGCAGGUCUCAGCCUGGGCCCUAGGGACAUGCCUCCCCUCUGCCCAAGUGUUCUGGGGUGAGCAGGGCUGACCUGCUCACAUAAAGCUUUGCUGGGAAGGGGGCUGCAAGCGUUUUCUUCUUGUGCGGCCAGCUUUCGGAGCCGCCUCGGCCGUCGUGGUCAGGUCUGGGGGCCAGAGCCGGUCUGGGGCCCAGGCGCCAAUUUGGGGCUCAAGCCUUUGUGGGGCUCCCCUGAGGAAGCCCCCUCUGGGCAGCUGGCAGAUGUGGGCCAGUGAGCCCAGCCAGCAUCUGGGUUUUCAUCUACGCGUUCACUCGCUAGAACCCCCAGAUCCUGUCCCAGAGGUGUAGCGGAGGCAGUCGCCUAGGCAACAGCAGGUCCCUCCAGUGGGUGGGCCAGGGCCAGUGACCGCCCUUGAGAAACCUGCUCCCCUACCUUGCCCGCUCCCUGGGUGUGGGUCCUGAGCUGGGGAGCCCCCACCCCUUCCUGCUGUCUGUACACUGGCUGGGACAGGCCGGCCAGGGCUGGGGCUCCACGUGCUGGAUUCGUUGCCUGGCUGGCCAGUGCCAGGGGCUGCGUCCGGCUGCAGGACACGUUAAGUUAUGAGAAUUCAGUGACGAGUAUUUAAUGAGGUUCUUUAUUUAUGUGAUUCAGAGACUCCUGUGGACUCUAGGACACCCUCCUUCCAGUGUCCAACACCCAGUUCCAGCCCCGCGCAAGGGGCCGACCUGCGUAUUUAUUUGUUCUGUAGGCGUACGUGGCCAGGAUCCUGUGUAAGGUUUUAGGGUGCCUUAUUACACUUUUUGAAAUAAAACCAUUUCCUAUACGUUGGUGUCCCUGGCCUUUAUUCCGCUGCUGCUGCAUUUCUGGGACCUCUCUGGGCUGAGGUCGACCGGGGCCAGGAAAUUAGCAGCGGUGGGUACAGGGGUGGAGUCUGGAGGGCAGAUUCGUGCCAGCAGUCACGCCUAUGCAGCAGCAGGGGCCGCACCUGAGAGAGGACUGUGCGGUCUCUGCCCCCACCCCCCUCCAGCGCGCAGAGCCCC